GCCGGCGGCGGCGGGGUAGCGCCGUGCCCGCUCGGCGGCGGAGCCGCGGCCGCGGCGGCGCCCGUCAAUUUCCAAGACUUUGGCAGGAGCCCGGGCAGGGGACGGGGGAACACGUGCUCCCGCUCCGCGCCGAGGGCAGGGAAAAGAGACUUCACCAAGUGAAGGGAGGCCAUCUAAUUCACCCUGUCUUCACCUGAGACCACCUCCAAAACAAAGAACCUGACUUCUGUCCUGGCUUUGUACACUGGAAUGGACCUUGAAGCCUGUGACUUCUCAAUGCAAGAAUGAAGUGAAUUUAGAGCUAAAAACGAGGCAAGAAACGAGGCCUUGAAAUCUCCGAAAGGUAGGAGAGACUUCAGACUGCAAUGGGCAGUUACUGGCAUUGCUGUAGAGACAUCCUGAACGACGUGUUGGAAAAGGAAGUGCACAGGACAGUCUUUCUGCAUUGUGAACAUGUUUGAGACCCCCAUGCAAAGCUGUGCUCUGUUCUGACUCCAAGUCUCCUCAGACAUGGCCGAGGAAAAUGCACCUGAAAAAACUAUAUGCACUGACGCAGCCUCAGGAAAACCCGCAAUGGCUGCCAAGCGCAAAGGCGGCCUGAAGCUAAAUGCCAUCUGUGCCAAGCUGAGCCGCCAAGUCGUCUUCGACCACGGGGGAGCUGAGCAGGCACGUGCGGACAAGGGGCCACAGCAGGAGAGCAGCAACAAGGACCUGCCCCAGCCUGGGACCAAAGAGCUGGGGACAGAGUUUUCAGAUGGACUCAGCUGCGUGCAGAAGAUCGAGGAGGACAAAAGGAGGGAGGUGAUCGAGAAGUGGGUGAACGGGGAGUACAAUGAGGAGCCCUUGCUGGGGCGAGCAGAGGGCAAGGAGUGUAAGGGCACUGAGAGCACAGAGGUGCCCCCUGAAGGGGUUUACAUGGUGCAGCCCAAGGGCUGCAGCGACGAGGAAGAUAACGGGGACGAGGCAGACGCUCUGAGGGGCUCACAGGAUGGCAGCUUCUUGGAUGACAGGGAUUCAGAUGGGCCAGCAAAGGACGAUGCCUACCGGUCCUCCAGUGGCGAACCAGGCUCCAAGCUGGGGGCAGGAACCACCUCAGGGGAAGCUUCAUCACUGCGGGAUUACGCCGCCACCACCAUGAACGAGUUCCUGGGCAUGUUCGGCUACGACGACCAGAACAUGCGCGAUGAGCUGGCCCGCAAGAUCAGCUUCGACAAGCUGAACGCUGCUACCUCAGAGGCCACGGCGGCUGCUGCCUCCCUCCCCGGCGAAGAUGCCAUGAGCAAGCGAGCCCGCUUCUCCAAGUACGAGGAGUACAUCCGCAAGCUGAAAGCUGGAGAGCAGCUCUCGUGGCCCCUGCACCUGGCCAAAUCUGAGGAGCUGGGCUCCAAGCUGGGGAAAGAGCCGUCCUCGGUGCUGGCACAGCCCAUUCGCGUGCCGGGUCCAGACGCCUCCAUGCUGACGGAGACCAAAGCCACUAUCCUGCCACUGCCCUCUCCCAGCAGUUCCCAGAUGCAGGGCCUGAUGUCACGGGCCUCCAAAUAUGACUUCUUCAUUCAAAAGCUGAAGACGGGUGAGAGCAUCAGGCCACAAAAUGGCAACACUUACAAGAAGGCCUCCAAGUAUGACCUGGAAAAUGUCAAGUACUUGCACCUUUUCAAGCCUGGGGAAGGAAGCCCAGAUAUGGGAGGAGCCAUCGCCUUCAAGACAGGCAAGGUAGGCCGGCCUUCCAAGUAUGAUGUGAGGAACAUUCAGAAGCUCACUCCAGUAAAAGCUCCAGUCCCCAGCCUGGCCCCUGCUUCCCUCACCAGUACCCCCAGCAGCACUCCUGUGGCCGGGCCAGAGCAGUCCAUCUCAUUGCCAUUCAACACUCCUGAGUACCUGAAAUCAACUUUCUCCAAGACAGACUCCAUCACAACUGGAACAGUCUCCACAGUAAAGAAUGGAUUACCCACUGACAAACCAGCCGUCAGCGAAGAUGUAAAUAUUUACCAGAAGUAUAUUGCCAGGUUCUCUGGCAGUCAGCACUGUGGACACAUACACUGCGCCUACCAGUACAGAGAGCAUUACCACUGCCUCGACCCCGAGUGCAACUACCAGAGAUUCACCAGUAAACAGGAUGUGAUUCGGCAUUACAACAUGCACAAGAAACGUGAUAACUCCCUGCAGCAUGGCUUCAUGCGCUUCAGCCCCCUGGACGACUGCAGCGUGUACUACCACGGCUGCCACCUCAACGGGAAGAGCACUCACUACCACUGCAUGCAGGUGGGCUGUAACAAGGUCUAUACAAGCACCUCUGAUGUGAUGACCCACGAGAACUUCCACAAGAAGAACACGCAGCUCAUCAACGACGGGUUCCAGCGGUUCCGUGCCACGGAGGACUGCGGCACCGUGGAAUGCCAGUUCUACGGGCAGAAAACCACUCACUUCCAUUGCAGGAGACCCGGCUGUACAUUCACCUUCAAGAACAAGUGUGACAUUGAGAAGCACAAGAGCUACCACAUCAAAGAUGAUGCCUAUGCCAAGGAUGGCUUCAAGAAGUUCUACAAGUACGAGGAAUGCAAGUAUGAGGGCUGUGUCUACAGCAAGGCCACCAACCACUUCCACUGCAUAAGGGCAGGCUGUGGUUUCACCUUCACCUCCACCAGCCAGAUGACUUCCCAUAAACGCAAACACGAGCGCCGGCACAUCCGGAGCUCAGGAGUGCUGGGCCUGCCUGCCUCACUCCUGGGCCCCAAGGAUAACGAGCAAGAGGAGUCCAGUAACGAUGACCUCAUUGACUUCUCCGCCAUGAGCUCCAAGAACUCCAGCCUGAGUGCCUCCCCGACCAGUCAGCAGUCUUCCGUUUCUCUCAUCGUCCCAGCUGCGCCCUCCUCUGCGGCUGAGCUUGCUUCCUCACAGGCCGCCAAGUCUGCCAACAGCAUGACACCAGCCACAAAGAUCUCUGGCCUGCUUUCCCAGGCUCUUCCUAGCAAUAUACCCUUGGCCCUGGCACUCUCCAACUCAGCACUUCCUGGAACAGCUGGAUCCUUCUUCCCCAUCAUCCCCAGUCGGGUCUCUACACCACUUCCUGCCACCUCGGCUAAUCUGAUGACUGCUGGUUCUUCUGGCAGCAAUCCAGCAUCAUCUGCUCCUACAGAUUCCUCAUCCCAGGCAGUUUCAGGAUCUGGUGAGCCAGUGGCUACUUCUUCUCCUGCUCCAGCAGCCUCUAUAAUGGAAAGGAUCUCUGCUAGCAAGGGAUUAAUCUCUCCUAUGAUGGCCAGGCUGGCAGCAGCUGCACUCAAGCCCUCUGUGGCACUUGAAGCAGGUAAUGGACAAGCAGCCCCUCCCGGACGGUUCAAUCCAGUGCAGGUGAAGCAGGAGCCCGUGGAGGCCGUGGGACCGACAUCGGCCCCCAGUCAGGACCCCUUGCAGGAGCACAGCUUGGACCUGAGUGUCAAGGACCACGGUAAUGAAUCAAAUGGCCACACAGUCUCAGCAAAUUCAUCUCUUUUAUCCUCGCUUAUGAAUAAGAUGUCCAAGACCAGUGCCAGCCUUGGCAACCUGCUGAACAUUAAGACAGAAGGUGAAGGCAGCCAGGCUGGGGCUGGGGAGCCAAGCCAGUACUUGGGCAAGGCAGUGAAGGCUCUUGUCCAGGAGAAGCUCUCUGAGCCAUGGAAGAUGUACCUGCGCCGGUUUGGCACCAAGGAUUUCUGUGAUGCCCAGUGUGACUUCCUCCAUAAGGUGCAUUUCCACUGUGUGGUGGAGGAAUGUGGAGCCCUCUUCAGCACCCUGGAUGGAGCCAUCAAGCACGCCAAUUUUCACUUCCGAACUGAAGGUGGAACUGUGAAAAGCAACUCUGAGUCUCCCUUCUCAGCUGCUACUGAGAAUAAGGCUUCACUGGCCCCUUCAUCACCAUCUGCUGCUUCUGCCACCAUGGCCAGUGCUCCUGCCCUUGACGUGCCCACUCCAAACCCAGCUGCUAUGCCCUCUGCUCCCACACUACUUGCUUGGAAGCAGCUGGCUUCAACCAUACCCCAGAUGCCUCAGAUCCCAGCAUCAGUGCCUAACCUGGCAGCUUCACCCUUGGCAACGACUUCCCUGGAGAAUGCCAAGCCUCAGGUCAAACCUGGAUUUCUUCAGUUCCAGGAGAAUGAUCCCUGCUUGGCAACAGACUGCAAGUACGCCAACAAAUUCCACUUCCACUGUCUCUUUGGGAACUGCAAGUAUGUGUGCAAAACCUCUGGCAAAGCAGAAUCCCACUGCCUGGACCACAUCAACCCCAACAAUAAUCUGGUGAAUGUGCGAGACCAGUUUGCUUACUACUCCCUGCAGUGUCUCUGUCCAAACCAGCACUGUGAAUUCCGGAUGCGAGGGCAUUACCACUGUCUGCGUCCCGGCUGCUACUUCGUGACUAACAUCACCACCAAGCUGCCCUGGCACGUGAAAAAGCAUGAGAAGGCAGAGAGAAGGGCAGCCAACGGCUUCAAGUAUUUCACCAAGCGGGAGGAAUGUGGCAGACUAGGUUGCAAAUACAACCAGGUGAACAGCCACUUCCACUGCAUCCGAGAGGGCUGCCAGUUCUCCUUCCUGCUCAAGCACCAAAUGACAUCCCAUGCCAGGAAGCACAUGAGAAGGAUGCUGGGGAAGAACUUUGAUCGUGUUCCUACUCAGGUUAUUGGCCACACUCCAAGAAAUGAAAAUCUCCCCCAGGUUGGCAGCAUGGCACCCAGCCCAGCCUCAUCAGGAACCCCAGCUUCCUUUCAGGGACCCCCAAGCAUGAUGGACACUGAAACAGAAGAGUACAUGGAUUACACUGGCUGUAGCCCUGGGGGCAUCUCCUCUGAAUCUUCCAACAUGGACCGCAGCUGCUCCAGCACUCCAGUGGGCAAUGAAAGUACAUCAGCAGGCUGCCUGGUUCCUUCUACUGCUACUGCUGCUGCCGAUGACGCAACCCACACUGCACCACAACCUCCACCACCAUCUCUGCCUCCAUCUUUCUCACAAGCCCUGCUUAGGUCUCCCCUCCCCACCCUCCCCUACCUCUUCUCCCCAUCUUGUCUCUCGUACUCCCUGCUCAGUGCCACCCUGGGAGCCAGCAGAGGCAUUGUCAUGCCUGCCGCCAGCACCGCUGGGUUCUCGCCCAUCAUUGCCACUCCAACUCCAGUAAAAAGUGACGUUCCCUUAGUGCAGGAUGCAGCAGGGAACACCAUCACCAUGCCAACUGCCUCGGGGGCCAAAAAGCGUUUCUGGAUUAUUGAGGACAUGUCCCCGUUUGGCAAGCGCCGCAAGACCGCGUCCUCACGCAAGAUGCUGGAUGAAGGGAUGAUGCUGGAGGGAUUUCGGCGCUAUGACCUCUACGAGGACUGCAAGGACUCCAGCUGCCAGUUCUCUCUCAAGGUUACCCACUACCACUGCACACGGGAGAACUGCGGCUACAAGUUCUGCGGCCGUACCCACAUGUACAAGCACGCCCAGCACCACGACCGUGUUGACAACCUAGUAUUGGAUGAUUUCAAACGCUUCAAGUCUUCACUGAGUUGUAACUUCCCAGACUGUCAGUUCUCUGGCAAUAGCACACACUUCCACUGUCUGCGCUGCGGCUUCCGCUGCACUGACAGCACCAAGGUGACGGCGCACCGCAAGCACCACGGCAAGCAGGACGUCAUCAGCGCCGCCGGCUUCUGCCAGUUCAGCUCCAGCGUGGACUGCGAGGUGCCUGACUGCAAGUACAAGCUCAAAUGCUCCCACUUCCACUGCACCUACCCCGGCUGCAAGCACACGGUGGUGGGCAUGUCUCAGAUGGACUCCCACAAGCGCAAGCACGAGAAGCAGGAGCGAGGGGAGCUGCCUGCCAUCUCCCCCGGCCCCGAGGGCCUUGCCCACUCCGCUCUUGAGUACGAUAUCCAGAACUCUUCCAUCAACCUGGACAGUUCGCUCAACCUCAGCACUGACAACAACAGCUCCCUGUUCUUCCUGCAGAACGCGGCUGGCGUGGGCCUCAAUGACUCCCUGGACCUCAGCAAGAAGCAGGCAGACGUCGCCGAGGGCCCGUCCCCAGGCAGAGCCGGGGCCGCGCCGCCGGAGAGGAGCGCGGCGGCACCGGGCUCCGGGGAUGUGGAGGACGAGGACGACUCUUCCCAAGAGGAUGAAGAGGACGAUGAGGAGGAGAUGAAUGAAGAAGAGGAGGAUGAUGAAGAGGAGGAUGACGACGAUGAUGAUGAGGAGGACGAGGAGGAGGAAGACCUGAACACAGAUUCUGAAGAAUCGCUGCCGGACCCGGAGGGCCUGGCCACUAAAGAAGAUGGAGAACCAGAGGAGGGUGCUUCUUCCACAGACCAUGGCGAUGCUUCCAGGCCUCAGGGCGAGCCAGCCCUCACCCCAGCCCCAGCUCCUGCCCCUGCUCCAGCUGCUGCCUCAGCCUCCACCGUUGCUCCAGCAGCUUCUCCUUAAUCCUAGGGACAGCAGUGGCAGUGGUUUGGUUCUUCUCUUACUCAGAUUUACUAAGAGGACCCCGCAUAAGGCAAGAACAAAGAUGGGGAUGGCGAAUGAAAAACGAACUCUGUGCCACACAUGAGAGAGAGGAAGGAAGGAAGGAAACCCCUGCUCCUCCCCAGGCCCCAGAAGAGAUCGGUUGGCAGCAGGACUGGUGCUGCAUCACUCCAUCCUACAGAUCCCAGAACAGGGGGGCAGGAUGCAGCAAAAAAUACCCUUUCUAUGGACACGAACCCUGAGGGUACCCACUACUUUUCCUUGCUCCCUGCACGGUGCGUGGGGCCUGUGCCCAUCUGGGGACCCUUUUUUAUGGGUGGGGCUCUAUCACCCCAAUUUUCUUUCUGGGUUUUAUUUUUCCAUGUUUUCAGUUGUACGAUAAUAAUAAUAAUCUCCACUUCUUGGAGGGGGGUGGGUGGGAACAAGAGGUAAUGAAUUUUAGAAAUAUAUAUUUGUGUGUGUGUCUCUCUAUAUAAUGUACACACACACACACAUAUAUAAAAUUAAAGGAAUUGGUGUCACAAAGACAAGUAGCUCAGCUUUUGCCAGUGGGAAGGAGGGGGUGAGGAGUGUGCUCUCUCUCUCUCUCUCUCUCUCCACCCUUCCCCCUUCUUUCUCCAGCAUUAAAUGGCAUCAGACAGCCAGGGUGGGAGUGGGUAUUUAUUGUCACAUAAAUGAGGAUGCAUUAAUGAAUGAGCAGGGGUGGGAAUGGGACACUCCUCUGUUCUUCCAGAUCCUUUUUACUGUUAAUGAUAAUAAUUUUGAAUGCUAUUUAUAUUGUAAAACUUUCUCAGUCUACACUUUCUCUGUAGGACACCUCUCCUCAUCCCUGCUGUUGUGAUGUAGGGAUUUAGCUGAAGUAACCUGGGAAGAACACAGCAGGCAGUUCAAAGGGUCUGUCACACUGGAGGACUGGGGUUACUCUGCCAUCCAGGCCCAUCUCAUCCCAACCCCUAGGUGCUUCCUCUCUGCGGAGGUGAGGCGUUUUUGUGGUGCUUCAGUACCCCCAUCUCAGGAGCUGUGAGCUGCCCUGCCCCGUGGUGCAGCACGGGGAGCAGCCGGCUGCCAGCGGCGCGUCCUGGUCCCCGCGGCAGCCUCGGGACAGCGUGCCCCAGGCAGUGGCACCGGGACAGUCCCCUCCCCAGCCCUGGUGCCCAGCCCUGCUGCAGGCGCGCCAGCUGUGACAGACACGGAUCUCAGGUGACUCUGGCAGGCUCUGGGUGCCCUGCUCAGCCCUGGGCAGCACCUGCCUGGUCCUGGGCUGUUCCAGACCUGCCCUGGGACAGGCAGGGCUCAGGCAGGGGCUCUGCAGCAGCCUGGGCUUCCCCUGGCUCUGGGCUCUUCCCGCUCUCUUUCCUGGCCUGGCCUGGGAACACACACUACAGGACCUGUCCCGGCCUCUGGCAGGUGCCACAGUAGCUGUUUGACCCCAGAUCCUUGCCUGAGCCUGACAGGGCUUGUCUACACACGCCAGGGCACCAGAAGGACUGGUAUGAAUUAAUUCUGAUAGUUGUUUUGGUGCCAGUUUUAAAGUAUACCAGAUUAGUCUGAGCUUUGUCCUUUUUAAAAAAAAAAAAAAAAUCAUUUGUUUUAUACCAUGCAGGCACCCUCUCCCCUCCUCAGCUCCAUGAGCACUUCAGCUCUAAGGGAUCCCCAGGAUUUGUUUUCACCCUGAACAGAUAAAGGCCUGAAGAAAUUUAGGUUGCUUUUUUUUUUUUGUUAUUUCCCUAAGGAACUGGUGCAGAUCAGGUCUGAUUUAUAAACAAGCAGCUCAGCUGUGUAAAUGUGGGGACAGAAUGUUCAGCUAAUGUUUCAAAAGGAAAGGAAAAAAAAAAAGUUGUACAGUAUUUUUCCUGUAAAGGUUAUUACUAUAUAUAGAACAAAAGAGAAA